UUCGACGAUAAACACAGCGACCUGCGCUCAGAGAGCCCGAGGUGCGUCAGCGUGAGCCACGGGCCGAGUCGUGUCCCCACGCGUGUGCUGUCUGUCAUCGCUUCCACACCGGGUGAUCGAUCCACCGACAUUCAAAAAACACACGCGGACUAUGGUGGAGUCUCGUCCGGCUACGCAGGAGCGGAGACGCCGCAGACCCGUCGCUCCGACGUCGACCUUUACCGCCGGAAACCCGUUAGCUCGGGCAGCUAACGCAAGCUAGCUACGUUAGCGGUUACAUACCGUCGAGUUUUUCUCCCUCCCAGCUGACCUCCAACACAUCACAGACGCACCGAGUAUCAUCUGCCUGCUAGAUCGGGGUCGCUAUCACCCCCCACAGCCACCCACCCACCACCCGUGUUUCUCCCGCUGUCCCCCGUGUGGUGUCCCGUGGACGGAUCCCGAAUAUGAGACACAAUGAGUCAACGAGACACUUUAGUUCAUCUGUUUGCUGGAGGAUGUGGGGGCACAGUAGGAGCCAUAUUGACCUGUCCCCUAGAAGUAGUGAAGACUCGUCUGCAGUCGUCCUCCAUCACCCGCUAUGUGUCUGAGGUCCAGCUCAGUACCGUCAACGGGGCCAGUGUGGCCCGCGUGGCCCCUCCAGGUCCCAUGCACUGUCUCAAAUUGAUCCUGGAGAAAGAAGGACCCCGUUCACUCUUCAGGGGCUUGGGACCAACCUUGGUGGGCGUGGCACCUUCCAGAGCAAUCUACUUUGCUGCUUACUCCACCGCCAAAGAGAAACUGAACGGUGUGUUGGAACCCGACUCCACACAGAUACACAUGGUGUCGGCCGGGAUGGCAGGUUUUACAGCGAUUACGGCAACAAAUCCAAUAUGGCUCAUAAAGACUCGCCUACAGCUGGACGCGAGGAAUCGCGGCGAGCACAGGAUGAGUGCGUACGAGUGCAUGCGGCGGGUUUAUCAGACCGACGGCCUGCGAGGCUUCUACAGGGGAAUGUCGGCGUCCUACGCCGGCAUCUCAGAGACUGUGAUCCACUUUGUGAUCUACGAAAACAUCAAGCGUCGCCUCCUGGAGGCCAAGGCGCUGCAGAACAUGGACGAGGAAGAGGAGGUGUCCAGGGACGCUUCCGACUUUGUGGGGAUGAUGCUGGCCGCCGCCACCUCCAAGACCUGUGCCACAACUAUCGCUUAUCCUCAUGAGGUGAUCCGCACCAGGCUACGCGAGGAAGGCACCAAGUAUCGCUCUUUCUUCCAGACUCUAAGGACAGUUCCCAAAGAGGAGGGAUACCGCGCCUUGUACCGCGGCCUCAUCACCCACCUGGUACGACAGAUCCCCAACACCGCCAUCAUGAUGUGCACCUACGAGUUGGUGGUCUAUCUGAUGAACGGUUAAGCCCCGUGCCGCCAACACCCCCCCCCCCCCCCCCCCCCCCCCCCACACACACACACACAAACACACACAAACACACACACACACACACACACACACACACACACACACACACACACACACACACACACACACACACACCACACCCACACCCACACACAUCUUCCGUCAGACAGACAGACAGUAUAUGUAACCCUGCCCCUGUUCGGAGAUGGAAAAAAGACAAUCGAGAGCAACUGCACACCAGUUUGCACAACCGCCUCACCAGAAGAGGACAGGGGCGGCGACCACCGUCUCAGCGACGCGAGCGGUGGUUGAAAAUGAGUUGGGAGUUUUUGUUUUAUAACCUGAGGGUUUGGCACAAGGAGGAGGAUCGAAAAAAGAUCCUUGCGUCGGUUCUGGGAUCUGGGCAAAGUAACAGUUUCCCCUAGUUUUAUUUUUAUUCCUCCCCUUUUUCUCCCCUUGCUUAUAUUUACGUGGUAAGAAAGCCCCAGAGAUCCAGCAUAUUCCGAAACACAGUAAUUCCAAUCCUUAUGAAAUAGAGGACGAAAGAUCCUCUCCAGCUGAAGAUUUGCUUCUCAUGCUGACAGUCAGUUUUUCAAAAUGUCUAACUCGUGUCGUGCAUUUUUUGUCCUUUCAUCCCCCGAGGCCCAGACCUCGAGUCGUGAGCUGACGAGGGCCGAGCAGUUGGUGAGGACAAGGAGAAUUCAGUGCUUUAGCUUGUUGAGGAAUAAUGAACAGAAGCGAGAGAGAGAGGGAGGGAAGAAGGAGGAGGAGGAGGAGGAGGAGGGACAGGACGUAGGCUGUAGGAGGAGGAGGAGGUGGAGCUCUGGUCAACCCGUUACAACAAAGGAUGUAGAGAUGUAGUUGUUCACUGGCGUUGGUGCGAUUUCAAGUGGACUGACAUCAACCUGAGACACUAAAAGGUUUUUAUCCGGUCAAACACUGGUCGUGAUUUACUCCUCGUCCCUCUACAAACUCCCACCAUUGGCGUCUUAUCAUCACAAGUCGGCAUCGUGACGUGACGUCGUGACCCCCCUGCUACCGCUGAGGUUCACACAGACCAAACUAAACCCAGAUUAUAUAAUCCACUCUUCUUCUAACUACUGGAAUGUAAAUAAACGAGGAGGAAUAACCUUUAAGUAAAACACUGACCCAUAUUGUGAAUUUAACACACAAAAAAAAAAGAAUAUAAUUAACACAUUUUUAACUAAAUGGAAUGUUGAUAGAUGCAAACGAUGGUGUUUGUUCUUAUUGCACUUUUCAGUGUCUUUCUCGAGACUCUUCGUCUCUUUGUUGUUUUGUUUUUUUGUUUUUUUUGUCCAGGCUUGUUAUCCAGUCGGGGACAAUCCUCGUGAGUUUUGUUCCGUGAAAACGUGUUUCGUUUAUAAAGCAGCAUGUGGAGGAAGUGGCCUGGGAUGCCUCUCAAAAAUGCACAUUAGUUAAACAUAGACAUGUUUAGAAAAAUAAAACAACCAAUAAUAAAACAGUUUUCUUGAUUCCUUCCCAUUGUUCAGUUGAGAUAUAUAAGAAACCAACAGUCUCCUUAUGAAACUUAAAUUAAAAUCCACUAGAUCCAGCUUUUUAUUUGGAUCUGCAGCAAAUUGCACACACUCAUGGAAACCAAAUAUACAGCAAGAUCCAUGUAUUAUUUGCUGGAAAAAAUGUUCAGCCCCUUUGUCUGGAUCCACACCAAAAUGUCAUGGGCUCUUUCUCGGCCCGUGUCCCGUCCUUCCCCCAAGUUUGUGGAAAUCCGUAAAGUAGUCUGCGUAAUCCUGCUGAGAAAAACAAGCGAGCGGACGGGUGAAAACGUAACGUCCUUGGCGAAGGUGAAAGUGUUUUCCUGAUUCCUUCCCCUUGUUCAUUUGUCAUGUAAGAAAUCAAAACUGUGCGUUUCCACCCGUUUCUUCUAAAUGUUCGUCAGUGUUCCAUGUGCGUGUGGAUUUCCUCAUGGAACAGAAAAGUGCUUGCUCUCUGGAUACCCUUUUUUUUGUUUCAAACUUAAUCAAGUGACUAAAGCAGUGUUCUUUUCUGUGACCUCAGUUUCCCUAACGACCACAGAAGUAACUUAACCUUCCGUAAGUCAUCACAUGAUACAUGACUGCGUUUUCCAAGCCUGAAAGGGGGCGUGGCUUUUCGCCGCACGCAGUCCAGACACACCCUCGCUGCUCCAGUUCGGCGUGCUGCUGUGCGGCGGGGAGGUUUAAUCUCUGGUGUAAUCUGCCGGUGGGCUGUUCUCCCUCUCUCUGGGCCCUUUUUUUUUUUCUUGAGAUUGCAGCAACGGCUUCGAUGUGUUUCCUUCAGGUGCGUUUUUUUCUCCCCAGUAAAAUGACUGGUGUGAUCCUCAAUGUGAACAGUUUUACAACACACACACACACACACACACACACACACACACACACACACACACACACACACACACACACACACACACACACACACACACACACACACACACACACACACACACACACACACACACACACACACACACGAUGCAUUAGAUUAGCUUCAUGGUACCAAUCCUAAUAGCCUGCAGACAGUGCUGUCAGCACACUGUGCAUGUAGGUAGAUGUGAGUCUCCACGGUGACUGGACGUGUUUGUCACGGUGCUGGCUUUCACACCCACGGGUUUACAACAGGACGGAUAGUGUGAGUUGACGUUACCAAGCGAAAGGGUCAGUUUACCCAAAUAACAUGGAAAACAAUAGAAUGUCGCCCUGUGGCGCUCAUGACCUCUACCAGCGCCCACGCGGCCGUUCAAUUUCGAUCAAGCUGCACUAAAUUGCAUCAGGCCCCUUUUAACACCAAGAUCCAUGAGUGAUUCCCUGAGAAAUCCAAUAAAAAUGUCCCAAAAACUCAAUGUUUAGCAGCUUUCAGAUGACGGCAGGGAAAUCUGUGGAGGAGCGAGUGGGCGCUCCGUACCCUGUCGCCGCCCCCUCGCCUGAAUGUUCUGGAAAUGUUCCUGUUGGUGGGAAAGCGUCUGACUGUCUCCCUCUUCGUUCUUCACACGUGCACCAAAAUGUCCACUCGAAAUCUUCUGGACAUUUUCCAGAGUUCGUGUCUGAAAACGACUGAAAAGAAAGUGAAUUUUAAAAAAAUGUCCCUCAUCCACCAUCUUUGUUCGCAUCCGCCGCAAAUUUCUUUUGCUUCUUUCUUUCCCCACGUCCAAUCCUUCCACCAGACAAACAGUUUCUCUCUUAUGUUUAGUGGCAUUCGGCCGUGCAUAUGGUUUAUAUUUCCAGGUUAUGGGAAUAUCUGUUUGCUUCCUCUCAGUCCAAAGUGAAAUGAGUUUUGUUUGUGGCGCUCGCGCAGUUGAGAUUUAUUUGCCCCACUUCUGUGAGACCCACCAACUCUUAAAAAGUCCGUUCAGCUCUGAUGCUUCAAAACCUGGAGUCAAAAAAAAUAAGUUAUUUGGUGAACUGACCUUUUCUAAUUGUGAAUGUCUAUGCAUCACUGUCUGUUUUUUGUCAGAUGAGGCAUUCUUCCCUCGACAGUAUCGUGUGUGUGUGUGUGUGCGCGUGUGUGAGAGCUUAAAUGACAAUCGUAUGUCGUUCAGCUGUGAUUUGUGUGCCAGAGACCAUAGGAGUACGUAUGCACUCAGAACAGCUGCAAACAGUGUUGUUUUUAUCUUCUUAAAUAAAUUGUUGCCUUUUCUUGUCUCUCCCUUUGUUUUGUUUUUCCCAUGUCAUCGGUGAGCCGAUCAGGACUGAGGCUCAGUCUAUGCAUUCUCUCGUUCCUGUUUUUCUGAAACAGAAAGUCAAUAAAAUGGAAAGAGUGCAAGUGAA